AUGCUCGUGGAAGCUCUGAAAGUACAUCUCGGCACUAAUGCCUAUUACGAGCAUGUUAAAGGGCGUGUCAUUGAGCCGUGGAAGUGGCUACAUCACGCAGCCAUCACACUUCAAACCGCCUUGAGGAAACUAGUGCAGAUAACUGCCAAUAUCCCGGAUCUGCAAGUGCAUGAAGUAUUCAACCAGGUUGGGGUGGUCACAUCUGAGGUGAAUGCUGCAACCCGUGUCCACAUGGCCAAUGCUCCCAGAAUUGGGGCUACUGGCUACCUGGCGCCCAAUAGCAUUAGGACUUUCAACCACCUCGAUCAAACGGUCACGUGCCCAGUUCUGCAAGACCCUAGGGUGAUGCUAUUGGGUGGGACUGUGCUGGCAUCUAUCAACGGGAAGUACAACACAUUUGCUCCACUGAACUUGACACCCAUUAGCACGGCCGCUGUGAAUAAGGGCUACGGUCCUACGCCUGUGCCAUACUCAGGGCUAAACGCACAUGGAGAACCUGUGAGGCAACGUGCUUCUAGAGCAGACAAAAAGCCUGGGGCCCCUAAGAAGGCGGCUAAAGCUAAUUCCAAGGGUCGUCCAGUGAGAAGGAAGUCAACCCCUGGGCCACGAGGGCGGUCACGUUCAGCAUCCCGAUCGCCGAAACGCAAGGGCGGAAGAUCACCUGCUAGGAAGUCUAGGAAAGAUGGGGCCUCCAGGAACAAGUCCCGCUCUCCGAAAUCACCAAAACGCAAGGGGAAGUCAGCCAGUCCUAAGAGGCGUUCUAAAUCAAACUCACCUGCCAAGAAGAAGAGCGUCUCCCCGAAGCAACAGCGAUCCCGCUCAAGAUCCAAGUCGGCCAGUCCUGCUCGCAAGCGAUCCAGCAGUCGUAGCCGGAGUGCGUCGGCUAGCGGGCGCAGUGGCCGCUCAUCUUCGAGGGGCAGCCAUGGCAGUCGUCACUCAUCUAGGAGCUCCCGUGGCAACUCAUCCUCAUCUAGCAAGCAUAGUGGCAGGCGUGUGCAUUUUGACGACGAGGAUGAUAGUGACAGUGAUGAGGAUGAGCGUGGCGGCAAUCACCGGAGUCGCUCCCGCUAA